UCACAGUGGUCUUUUGUAAUUGUAUACAAUAAUGCUUUUAAAUCCGGCUAAUAUCACGUAGAUCUUUGCUGCGGUUUCUGAAGGCUUAUUGGCUAUCUAAGAUCUGUAUUUGCUGGAUUUGAAAGCAGUUCAAGUCAGGAAAACUGCUUCAAACCUCUACACUCUACAGGGUACUAUUAUUGAUGGUUGUCAGCGUAGAACUUGUCGCUGAUUAAGUUGGGGACUCUCGGGUAUGUGAUUCUUUUUGUCUGAUUCUUAUUAUUCCCGAUAUCGCUAUAUUUAUCCUCGUUUUUAUCCUCGUCGUCACUUUCGUGCCUUCCUAAAUAUUUAAUAUAUAUCGUCUUCUACUGUGUUUACAAGAUAUUGUUACUGUGUUCUAAAAUAUGAAAAUAGAUCACCUAUAGAUAAAUAAAUUAAUGGGUGUCAGUACGAAUUGUAAUUGUAUCCCCGUUCCACGUCGUUUCAUACUGAACAGCACUCCAUUCAGUUCAAUCCCCGAUUCAAUGCAAGGAUUCCCCGAUUCGCCGUUCCCUUUAUUAAAUUUAGAUAGCCGUGAACGUGGUUUAUCAGUCAGAUCAAUAUGACGUUUCGAUCCUGAAAGGUUUUGAUACAAUCGUACUAGCAUUUUGCCAUUUUCUGAUCUUGCAUUUGAUACUUAAGUUUAUAGACAAUUCUAUUCACUUUAAUUUGGUUAUCGUGGAGACUAUAAAUGUAUAAGAAUGCUAAAUGUAGGUAUUGAUUUCGAAUUAGCCUGUGUUCCAGACUGUAUUGCGCUUUAUUGCGCUUAUUUGUGAAAAUUCAUGACAUAUCUGAGUAAAAGGUCAACAAAUUAGUUACGACCCUUGUUGCAUUUCAUUUGUUCAAUUGAAUAUCAUAUUGAUCUGCAAUACAUUAGAGACAUCGCUGCACCGAAAAUUUAGUAGUUUGAAGCAUCGAGAGAAGUAGGCCUAAAAUUUACAUUGAACAUCAAGUGACAAGAAAAUAUUAGUUCGAUUUUGAAGCUCGAUAUAUUAAACCCGGCCAAACAGAAGCAUUAAGCUCAGUAUAAUGGCCAAUCAGAAUCUACUACUCAGAUCUUCGACAAGGUUACGACGGCCAGAAUAAAAUCAUUCAAAUAAACGAUUGUAAAGAAAGCUUGUAUAUAUAAAUAAGACAAUUAUUGAUCAUAUCAUUUUAAUACUGUUUGGUUAGCUUGACAUAGUGGGUUUAUUGUUUGAAUUGUUGAGCAAAUUUUACCGUGGUAUUGAGCUAAUCAGCUGAGUAUCACCUCUUGCGUCUUGUAAAAUGCAGGCGUUUUAUCCAAUAGGCAAUGCAAUUAUCCGUUGUACGUGUAUGACGUCUUAAAGACUUAAACUCCCGUGGGAUAUUAAUGAAUAAUAAAUUAUCCAUUUUUUCUUAACUAUUGUGAAUCUCAUUGUUUGAAUAGCCGUCGCUAUCACGUUGACGUCCCACAUCGUAAGGUUCUAAUAAGCCUGGUUUCCAUAUGAUUGUAACUAUCGCGAAUGUGUCCUGAAGUGUUAUCGACUUAUCGUGAAUGAUUUUUAUUCGCUUGUUUCCAUAUGGUUGUAACUGUCGUGACACUGUCGCAAGUUUAACUUCGUACCCAGGGAUCGUACAAGCAGCUGGCGUGUAAAGUCCGUUCUGCGCAUCAGUUCUGCUCAUAACAAAGGGGGACCCGCAGAUAUAAACAUUGCCCAAAUUUUACAUCUUUUUAGCUUUUUUGAAUUGAAACACAUAGAAUUUUAAUAUAUUCAUUUACAAGCAUAGCGAACCAGAAAAGUGUUAGAUAUUCAGUGAGCAUAUCAUAUUUUACAAAUAUACAAUGUAGCAGUUCAAAAUGUAAACAAAGCGUUUGUUUACAUCACGGACUUUACAGCAUCUUUAAGAAUAAUAUAUUUUAGUAUAAUUACAUUUUAGUAUAAUUACAUAAAUUGUUAAGUAAAAAUCGUCCAUCUUCCAGGUUUUAGCACAAUUUAUGUGAAUUCACUACUUUUGCUACUGAAGCCUUGGAAUUCAGGCAAAACCCUAAUGAAAACCCAUUAUUUUUAAAGUAAUAUAAGCGAAACAAAUUUGUUUCUAAAUGUUUGAUUCAGUUCGUGAUAGUUCUGUGCAAAAACUUUGUGAACAACACGACACGUUGCUAAUUUGCGCCGGUGACGCAUUUCCGGUCACGCAAUCUUGAACGAACAUCAAAGGUUCUUUCUAAAGAAAGCGGAUAAAUACUUUAAAUAUGCAAUUAAAUUUAGUAAUGUGCGCUUUAGCUCGAAUACAAAAUAUAUGUAAUUUUUUUCUCUGCCGUUGUCAUUGCCGUUUCCAGUUCCCGAACUAAUAAUAGACCACAACGCCCCCCUCCAACAGGCAAAUUUGAAUUAACACGAUAGUGGAUAGUGAAUAUUAUCUAAACUGGGUCUGAAGGAUAAAACAAAGAGCAGGAAAAAGGUCUGCUUAAGCUAAGAUGUUAUGACAAUUUGUAUUUUGCUUAUAAAGACUUUAAAAUAGAUCGAUUUGCAAAACAAUAAAUUAAAACACUUAGAACGGCAAGGUUCAUAAUAAUCAUAUUAUGAUGUUGCUAUAGGAAAUUAUGAUGUUGCUGUAGGAAAGAAUUUCAGGAUUCCAAGAUUCCAGAAUUCUAAAAUUCCAGAUUCCAGGUUUUACAUCAAGCCACUGCACUUGGAGAUAUCAUGUAAAUCAUGCAGGCAAAAGGAAAUUCGACUUUAAUUCCGUUGACUUUGGAACUACAGGUGUAUUUGGGUUUAAAUUUGUUCUAGACUCACUUGACACUUACUCUGGUAAAUUGAUAUUUUAUUUCCAAAAUUUCAAUCAAGAUAUUGGUGCAACACUUGACCCUACGCAGGAUUCCAUACCUGGGCCAUCAUUGUGAAGCUGAAACAACAAUACAGUAUAUGAUCUUAUAUGGUUAUCGGUUGAUCUACUAUAAAAUGAUCUAUAUAUAUUCGAAGCGCUAUCUGGCUCGUAUUAUCGUCAAAAGCUUAUUUCUGUUCUUUGGAAUGCAUUACACUUGGCUAUGCUAUUACAGGUAUGCCUCAACAAAUUCAAACGAGGAACGCCUGGCCGUUAUAUGGCCUAAUUCAAACCGUAAUUCUGCGACAAAAUGGACGACACGACAAAGCCAUCGCCUAAAUUCAAGCACGGUUCCGCACGGCUGCAACACGUCUGUGUUUGUUCUCAUUAUCGUCAUUUCUUCGCCGAAGAACUUUGAACAGAGGUCUAUAAUUCGGUCUACAUGGGCUGAAAUUAAAGACAUGGAUCCUGAAAUAUCAAAUAUUAUUAUUAAAGGGUCUUACACUGGGGAAAGUCUGGUUAAAACAGUGUUUUUACUUGGACAAACUAACAAGGAAACUCAACGUAGUAUAGAAACGGAAUCGGAAUAUUACAACGAUCUUGUGAUUGGGUCAUUCACUGAUAGUUAUGGUAACUUAACAUUAAAAACAAAGCUUGGUCUAGAAUGGGCUCAUCAAUUUUGCAAGUUUGAAUACUAUUUGAAGACAGAUGAUGAUGUUUUUGUGUACAGCAAGGGACUUGUGAAAUGGUUGUGGCAAUUACCAAGAGAGAAGGUCUAUACGGGUAGAUGUGAUUUUAAUAAGACGGUGAUUCGAGUAGCCAAGCACAAAUGGUAAGUGUGAAUAAAGUUUAGACA